AUGGCUGGGGAUGACGUGUCAGAACAGCCUCACCAGCCGCACAUACUCAUUGUUGGUGCUGGCUUUGGCGGCCUGGGCUGCAUCCACACGCUUGGACAGCUAGAGACGCCUGCGCGUGUCACCAUCGUGGACAAGAAAGACACUUUCACCAUCGGCGGCACGUGGCAAUUCGUUUGGACAGGCCGGUUGUCCCAGGACAAGACGAGAUGGCCACUCUCCAGUGCAGCUUUGCCGCCGAUGGCUAGUCUGAUGUUGAACACCUCUGUCUCAAAGCUAGAUCUCGCGGCACAGAAGGCAAUCCUUGCCAAUGGCACCCCAAUCGCCUACGACCAGCUGGUGCUUUCGCCGGGUGUGGUCAGCGACGGCUCUAGAAUUCCAGGCCUCACCGAGCAUGCGCUCAACCUGUAUUGCUUUGACAAUGUGGUGUCGCAGAAAGAGCAGCUGGAACAUUUCUCGCAGCUGGCAGAAGCCAAGGUACUGGCCAGCGAAAAGGCCACGCUUCUCAUUUCGAUCGCAGCCGUUCCGUACCAGUGCCCCGUUGCUCCCUGGGAGGUUGCAUUUCUGGUGGAUGCGAAGCUUCGGGCGACGGGUGUGCGUGAGGGAGCACGCAUUGUGAUUACAGCGCCGAAUGAAUGGCCGCUGCCCGACCCCACCCGCCCCAAGUUCGAGGCCGAAAUGAGUGCAAAACAAGUCGAGUUCUUCAACAACAAGCAGCUGGCUGCACUGGAGCCUAACCUGGCACACUAUGCAGACGGCACGUCCGUCGCCUUUGACUUGGCUUGGGCCGUCUACCCGCAGCGUGCGCCAGAUUUCGUUCGCGACUCUGGGCUCGUCAAUGCUCGGGGCUUUGUUCCCGUGGACCUUCAGACCAACCGCAUUGCGAGCGAGGCCCUGCAGCUGCUGCAAAUCCCAGCCAUGGUGAAGGCUGGCACCUCUCACGUCCCCUACUGCAUUGGCGAUUGCUGCUGGACGAUGAUCCAGCCUGAGCUGCCACAUCCCAAGGCCGGAGAGUUUGCGUGGCAGAUGGGCGCCAACGUGGCCAAGCAGAUAGAUGCGACGUGUCGAGGUGAGGCGUUGCCGCCACCCGACAAGCGCAAGGGCUCUUGCUUCGCGGAGGCAGGGAAUGGCACGGUCCUCCUCCUGGAGCCGGAUCUCAGCGCAGUGCUGGCGGAUCCUUUGAACGGCAAGCCAGAUGCCCGUGUGAGCGAGGCUCCGGAGGCGGCCAAGGUGGAGUGGGUCAACAAACACCUGGCCCGCAUCUUCAAUGGGAGCGUGGCACCAUUCAUUUCCUGA